AUGGCUAUCGUUCGCCAGUUUAUACCAAAAGGAAUCUGCUCUCUUUACCAAAUACGCUCAACUCGAUUUCCCGCCAAUGCAUAUUGCAUCAAGACAUUGUCGCAGGGCCGGCGACUCAAGAAGUGUCGCCAGUCGCUGCCGCCGCCGCUGACGCUGCCGCUGCCGCCACCGCCACCGCCGAGGCCGCCGAGGCCGCCGCUGCCGCUGCCGUCACCGAAGCCGCCGCCGCCGCCGCCGCCACCGCUGCCGCUGCUGAGGCAUCCGCCGCCGCCACUGCCGCCGCCACCGCUGCCGCUAUUGCUGCCGCAACCGCCGCCGCUAUCGCUGCCGCCGCCGCCCAGGCCACCGCUGCCGCUACCGCUGCCGCUAUCGCUGCCGCCGCCGCCCAGGCUACCGCUGCCGAUACCACCGCCGCCGUCGAGGCCGCCGCUACCGCUACCACCGAGGCCACCGUUGCCGCUAUCGCUGCCGCCGCUGUCGAGGCCGCCGCCGCCGUCGAGGCCACCGUUGCCGCUACCGCCGUCGAGGCCGCCGUGA